UGCAUAUGAUAGAGCGGCCAUCAAGUUCCGAGGAGUGGAGGCAGACAUAAAUUUUAGUCUAGAUUACUAUGAUGAGGACCUGAAACAGGUUGGAAAAGAGUUGGUGAAAGAUAUGAAUCAGGCUUUGGAGAACCAUGGGGUAAACAUGCGAGUUUCAACUCUGCUUGAUGAUACCAUUGGAGAUUUGGCUGGAGGAAGGUACUACAACAGAGACAGUGUGGCUGCAGUGACUAUGGGGAUGGGCACAAAUGCUGCUUAUGUAGAACCAGCACAAUCAGUAUCCAACAUAAUUGUUUUAGUGCGAGUAUUUUUUGUUUGGGUUAGUAAGCUUAUAUUGAGUAAUCCGUCGAUAUACAACAUAAUGAGUUUCCUCAUCACAAUAACAGGGCUGUAUAUGGUUAGAACAUUGUUUCUGAUGGCUAGUUCUAUUUUCUUUUUCUUUUUCUGUUCUUUUGUGCAAUUAUUUCCAUUCUUGCAUUUAGGAAUAUGGUUGUGCAAUGUAUUCAUCGAUGAUGACUGCUGAGAUCAUUCUGUGCUGAUCUUUGAUUGGUCUGUGUAACCCAUGUUCUCUACUUCCUUCCUUGUCAAACCGCAAAACAUAUGAUGGCAUCAUAAGAAGACUGCAUAGACUACCUGGCCCUUCUAAAGCUUCAUAGAAUUAGAAUGUCUGUACUGUGAAUCUAGUUUUUUAAGGUAUGUAGAAGUUAAAAUAGCUUAUAUACACUGCUAUUGACAUCACAUAAUCUGCUUUUAUGGUAGCUAGUUUUCUUUUAAAGGUCUAUAUUUAUGCUACUGGGUGACUUGUUUUAGUGUUACAAGAAUGGUUGCUAUUCUAUGUUCAUGCUCUGUCAUGUAUGAUUUCUAUACCCAACCAUGGCUGCAUCACUAAAUACAAAAUCUUCAUUUUAUGGUCAACAUAUUCCUAGCAGUUGAUUUCGAAUUUGCUGUGAAGAUUAGUGGUUUUGGAAUUAUUCAACAUGCUCACUUUCUACUAUUUAGAUGGUAAAAAUGGUGAAUAAGAGUGACUUUGAUGCUUAUAAGCCUCUUAUUUCUUGUGACCUUGACCUGCCCUGAUUAUGUAUUUGUUCUCUUAAUGCAUGAUAUCAUGAGCAAGCAAAAUUGUGUCUUGGGAGUAGUUUAUUUGCUGAUGAAGUGAGUGAAGAUUGCUGGUUGCUGUACUGGAUAUCAGGUUGUUUGUUAUGAGGGAUUUUGCUGUCCUUUUGUCAAGUUUUUUGGCUUCUCUUCAUGCUGAGGUUUUGUUUUGUCAAGGCAGAAUUUCUCUGUUUUUCUUCAUUGUAAGCCUGACUGGUUGCUGUUCUGGAUAUCAGGCUGUUUGUUAUGAGG